GUCGCUCAGGCCGGAAGAGAAAGGUGCAGCUCUUAGACGUCUCCCCUUGUAGAUCUUGCUGUCGUACGGCUGCUAUUGCAGACGCUUAGUUGCGUCCCUGAGGGCUUGAGCGGUGUUGGGCAGGUUGUGAGAUGCCCGGCGGAGGCCGCUGCCCCGACUGCGACUCCACUGAGCUCGUGGAAGACUCGCACUACUCCCAGAGCCAGCUGGUGUGCUCCGACUGCGGCUGCGUGGUCACCGAAGGGGUUCUCACCACCACUUUCAGCGACGAGGGCAACCUCCGAGAAGUAACAUAUUCCCGAAGCACAGGGGAAAAUGAACAAGUUAGUCGCAGCCAGCAACGAGGUCUCCGCCGAGUGAGAGACAUUUGUCGAGUUCUGCAGUUGCCAUCAACAUUUGAGGACACAGCAGUUGCUUACUACCAACAGGCAUACCGGCACUCUGGCAUGCGAGCUGCCAGGCUGCAAAAGAAGGAGGUGUUGGUUGGGUGCUGUGUCUUAAUCACCUGCCGACAGCAUAACUGGCCCCUAACCAUGGGAACCAUCUGCACCCUGUUAUAUGCAGAUUUGGACGUAUUUUCUGGCACCUACAUGCAGAUAGUGAAGCUCUUGGGGCUGGAUGUGCCAUCUCUAUGCUUGGCAGAACUAGUGAAGACCUAUUGUAGCAGCUUCAAGCUGUUCCAAGCUUCCCCGUCAGUGCCAGCCAAGUAUGUGGAAGAGAAAGAGAAGUUGCUGUCACGGACGUUGCAGUUGGUGGAGCUGGCAGACGAGACGUGGCUGGUGACUGGGCGGCAUCCCUUACCUGUCAUCACUGCUGCCUCUUUCCUGGCUUGGCAGUCACUGCAGCCUUCGCAUCGGCUGAGGUGCUCCCUUGCCCAGUUUUGUAAACUGGCAAACAUAGACCUGCCCCACCCUGCUUCCUCCCGCCUGCAGGAGCUAUUGGGUGUGCUGCUGCGGAUGGCUGAGCAGCUGGCCUGGUUGCAAGUUCUGAAACUUGACAAACGGUCUGUGGUGAAAUACAUCGGUGACCUUCUCCAGCACCGCCACACACUGGUCCGCACAGCCUUUCGGGAUGGCACAGCAGAAAUGGAGACCCAGGAGAAGGAGCGGCAGGGGCAGGGAGAAGAGGUGGAGAAUAGUUCCUUAGGUUUGUCCCAGGGGAAGCGACCAGCCAGUCCUGCCCUUCUCCUCCCACCCUGCAUGUUGAAGCCCCCGAAACGGAUCUGCUCCACACCUGCCAUCUCCACUGUCACUGGAGAUGAGAACAUUUCUGAUAGUGAAAUAGAGCAGUAUUUGCGUACACCUCAGGAAGUUAGGGACUUUCAGAGAGCCCAGGCUGCUGGACAGGCUGCCACCAGUGUUCCUAACCCUCCCUGAGGCACACCUGUUGGGGCCACUUCACCACACUCUGACAGCAGCUUAAGAACAGGUCUGUCUAUCACAUCCGAGGGAGUAGGUGUACAUGAGUCCUUAGGUAACUCCUUUCUUUGAAGGAACCAAGAAGGGCUUUGUGAAUAGUUCAGUCCUUGGUCCUGGAGUAGUCAGGCAUGCAGGGAUGACUGAGUAGGAGAGUCCCAUCCCUUGGUUCCUGAGAACUAGUUCUAGAUGUUCGUUUUCUGUGGAAUGGCUUUCCUCUUAGACUGUUGGGAAAAUGUCAGGCUCUCUUGCUCCUGGUUUGAAUUGGACAGGACAACUGAUACUUCUCUAGGCCUGGCAAGGCAUCCCUCUACUUGUGGAGCAGUACUUCUCUAAACACCACCUCCAGCCUUCCUACUCUUCAGAGCAUUGCUGAUAGGACUAGGUUUAGGCAUGACUAGAUUCUGCCCUAGUUCCAGUGGUGGCUGGUACAUGAGGUAUUAGGAGAUCCUCUACCUUGUAACAAAAGGACCAGGGGUGGACUAAGGUUCAAGGGCUUUGCAAAAUUUUAAUAUAUUAAAACAAGAGGCAUCUGCUAGAAAACAUUCUAUUGUAUAAAACCCAAGCUCUUAAAA